AUGCUUGCUGAUCGUUCUUACAAAUCCGAACAACUUCGUAUUAACGCUAACACGAACCAUUCCUCCUUCAAUAAUAGUUUGGGAAGCAACCAACUUUUCUUACAUGGCUAUGACGAAGUUUUCUGCGUCGAUACCGAGGAAGAAGCCACAACGUCAAAGUGUCGUUUAGGAAAGGAGAAACAGAAUGGUCACACCUCCCUCAAAACGCCACCUAUCCUCGCACAACGUUGUUUUCUGCCUUCUCCACUAGAUUUAUGUGGUACCACGAGGUUCACGUUUGACGCUCAACGUUCAUUCUAUUUGAAUAAACGUACACCCCGCUCCCCCAGGAGUCCCGGUGAGCCGUCGAAGGUGGAUUCGACCCCUCUUUCUGCGCCUCCUUCGGAUAGUACUCACCCGGCCUUCCCCCGACAGGCUGCCUUUUCCUCAUCAGGCAGUCUUCUAGGUGAUCUCUGCGGUGUACCUCUCUUUUUCAUGCCAUCUCUCAGUCAAGUAGACCCGCUUACAGGUUCCAUUGAAGACCCUACCAAGCAGGUAAAUGGAGCACCUGGACCGGAUAUACCUCCUGUAUCAGAGCCUUGUUCCCAAUCCUCAGAUGUCACUCCUGCAAAUAAUGCACCUCCGUCUAAUUCAAGUUCCCUCCUGCUAUCAGCACCUGCGAGACGGAGAUUGUCCGCCGCGAAGAAUUCCAAAAAGUCUGCUGCCCUUUCUAAGCAUACCACCAAUUCUGCUGUCUCUGCCGGAAACCCUAACAGUGAAACCCAAAAGACAUGUAACAAUGCAGUCAGUGAGGUAUACACACCUAAGAAUGCUCCCAAGACUGCUCCUCGUCGUUCAAAGGAAAAGAGACCCGAGCCCUCAAAUGACGUAGACACUAGCCCCACAAUACCCAAGCCCCAAGAGUGUGCCGACGUUCGCGUUCCUACUGAGCUCGUAAAACCGGACUCUGUCUCUCUCCCCGUUUCUCCCGAGCCAGAAGUAACUGUCAAUACGGCCACCUCUGACUUGGGUGAAUCAGCCAGUAGUGGUAGUAUCGGCGAUGACAGUGACUUCACCGUUGUCACCAAUAAGAAGACCAAAUCCCGUCCUAAACAGGACAGAUGCUCGACGAUUCCCACUUUUCCUCUACCUCCGAGGAGUCGUCGCGUGGGAGUGCGCGCUCCAAUG